AGGGCAAUACGGAAGGGAGCGUUGAAUCCGGUCCCCCCGGAAAGUGACGUGUGGUUUGUGGACCUGUGCAGAUACGUGGCCUACGAUCGUUAACGAUCUUCGAUAGUCGGUUAUUAUUCGUAAAUAUACACUGUAAUUGACUUCAUUUAUCUCGCCUUGGGGAGAUGGAGGCUUCCUAUAACUCCCGCUGUCCAGCUGUGAAGAGACUUUUUCGUGAAGCAAAGGAGCUCAAUGAAGCCACAGAGGAGUACUAUGCCCAACCACUAGAGGACAAUCUGUUUGAAUGGCAUUUUACGGUCAGAGGACCUCCAGACACUGAAUUUGAGGGCGGUAUUUACCAUGGCCGAAUCAUCAUGCCUGCAGACUAUCCUAUGAAGCCACCGAACAUUAUAUUUCUCACGCCAAAUGGAAGGUUUGAGACCAACAAGAAAAUAUGUCUCAGCAUAUCUGGGCAUCAUCCAGAAACCUGGCAACCAUCUUGGAGUAUCCGCACUGCGCUUCUAGCCAUCAUUGGUUUUAUGCCGACUCCUGCUAAUGGUACAAUUGGCUCUCUGGACUACACUGCUCAAGAGCGAGCUAAACUUGCUAAAAAGUCCCAGGAGUUUGAAUGUGCUGAAUGUGGUUGUGUUGCUAAGUUAUUAAAAGAGAGAACCGGUGACAACAAAGACUUCCAACAAGAAGCACGGGAAGUGAUGGGGCAAGUGUCGGUUACAGCAAAGGUGGAAGACAAAGAAAGGAAGAACUCUGGUACAACUGGAGAGUCAGCAGCAGCAAGUGAUGCCACUUGUGAGACAAGAAUUGAGAAUAUCUCUCAUGGGACAUCAAGCAGAGACCAAGUAGAUUCACUGCCUCAAGCUACUAGUCAGGCUACAUUACCUGGAAGUGGUGUAUCAGCCUCAGAGCAGCAGCCAUCAGGGAUUCCAGUGACUGAGCCUAUUCAGGAAAUAUUAAUGGAGGGAGUAGCACCUCGUAAUACUACCAACCCCAGGUCCCCAGUUUCAAACUUAGGGAAUACCUCUAGUUCUGGUUAUCUCUAUAAUACGGUUCUCUCUUCUGCAAUCAUUCUGUUUGUAGCUUUGGUCUUAAGAAGAGUCUUCUUAUUGGAAAGUGAUGUGAGUGAGGAGCUGGAUGAUGUUCUCUUGUAGGCUCUAAACACUUAAUAUUCACCUUUGAUAUGCAUACUAUAUAUUUAUAUUUUUUGCCAGUCCUUUGUUAUGUAGGCUUGUUAUUUUAAGUUAUUAGUCAUAUUAAGUUUUUUGCAGGACUGAAUUGAUUGUUGGAUAGAGUUGAUCUCCAUUUGAUAAUCAGACAAGGGAUUAAUGAAUUGGUGUUUUUUUUUUCCUUUAAUUGAAACUGUUGAGGCCUUUUUGCAAUGUUAUGUAGAGUGGAUUAAAUAGGAAUCAGUAAGCAGUUAAUGAAAUGGAAUGUGUAUUUUACUCAUUAAGAGAAUUGAGUAUGGUAUUUGAAAAGUGCAGCAAAAGCAUACCACUUUUUGUAUUUGUCAUGAACUGUUGCUCAGUUUGAGUAUAAUGAAAGCUGUAGCGUACAUUUUAUGCAGUACACAUUGAUGGCAUUAAGUUUUCGUUAUGCAUUCCAUAAUUAAUAAUAGGAAUAGUUUGAGUUGGUCUAAUUUUUAAGGAGUUUUAGAUUACUAUAUUUUUGCUAAAAGAUUGACUAUCGUUUGCAUCUGUAAUUUUCCUUUUAAGUACGGGACUUUAUUUUGUGUAUGGUAAUGAUUUGGACAGCAAGGUUGAGGUGUGUAUGGAAAUAGCAAGGUGCAUGAAUUUUAGGCUUAUGUUGUGAGGGUAGACUUCUCUUUUUUCCAGUUUGGUUAAAGUAGUAAUGGCUAGAACCUAGAUUUUUUCAUAUUGCUUUUUGCAUUGUUAUGUAACUUAACAUUAUUCAAAUAUUUACUCCCAUUGAAAAUUUUACAGCAUUUUUUAAGCAAUUUUGCUCUUACAUAUUUAGGUUUUCCCAAGUAGGUGCUCUGAUUUUUUGCAUUGUAAUAACAUAGAAUACAGGUUUGCUGAAAUAUCACAAUUAAGAAUUGGAGAACAUAGGUCUUUGGCUGUUACUCACAUUUUCAUGUGGUCAAACUGCUUUAUAAUAAUAAUUUUAUCAUUAGACGAGAAUAAUCCCAUUGAAGCUGUAGGCUUAUUAAAUUGAUUUCAUGGAAAUCUUGUCAAUUGUAAGUGCUACACAUCUACUGUAUAAUUUAAACAAAAGGCCAGUAAAAGAAGUGUGUUUGAGGUUGUUUGAGAUUAAAGUAUCCAAGAGCUUGAGGCAGUUUCCUCCCACUUAUGCCUUAUGUUGAUUUUUAUGGUGGGAUGGUAUUGGUCGUAAGUGUAAUUGAGGUAAACUUUCAAAUUAUUAUGACUAAGUUAUUUGUGAUGCUUCUGAAUAGCUGAAAAUAACAAUCUGAAUCUUGACUGAAUUAUAGUAGGAUAAUAAUCUAUUAUGACUGCUUAGUGUAUCUGUUUAUCUUUUAUGUUGUAAGGGUUGUCCAGAAUCCUGAAUUAACUAUCAAUUAUAAAAGGUUAUUCAUAUAUAUAACUAUAAUUAUAAAAGGUUAUUCAUAUAUACUGUAUAGUGAAUGUAUAAUGUCAUAUUUUAGGACUUCAGAAAAUGGUUUUAUCAUACAUACUAAAAAUAAGAUUUUUUUUUUUUUUUUUUCCUUUAAGGAAUUUCAUUUUGUGAAAGUGACUCACAUGAAUGAUGCACUUUUAGUUUGGACUCUAAA